AUGUCAAACCACGGUGUGCAUCACACAAGCCUGCCGAAUCGCUGGACAAAGUUGUUGGCCGCCGUCCACGAUGUGAGACGUGCAGUGCAUCUGCGGCGCCGUAGGGUGUUUCCCGUCACACGUCUUCCCAACGAACUCCUUGGCCACGUCUUCUCCCUUCUGGCUGAUGACGAUCCGCCUUAUAAAGAGACAUCUGCCUCGCGUCCGCGCCCCUUCUCCAUUGGAUGGAUCAAGGUCACCCAUGUUUGCAGGCACUGGAGGGAGGUCGCGUUGGAUUACUCACAACUUUGGGCACAUAUACCGUUGGACAUGGGGCGCGAGUGGACUCGGGAAUUGAUCGUGCGUGCAAAGCAUGCGCCGCUGGCCAUAUAUGGCAAACGCGAAGCAGGACUCAUCCUCCCCGCGCUGGUCGCGUCUGGCCAUUUGUCCCAUACCAGAGUGCUCUGUAUACGGGAUGCUGAUCUCGACGUUGUGCAUUCCAUGACAACAGCGGCCGCGCCUAUGCUGGAACAUGUGACCCUUGAACUCGUCAUGGCUGGUCAUUAUAUCGUGACGCUUCUUCCUGAAGAUAUCUUUGCUUUCCAUGCUCCGCGACUGCGCAGGGGGCCACUUUCAACGGAUUUCAGUAUUCCGCGCCACAUAUUCAAUGAGUCCCCAGUACCCUUCUUGCCAUCUCAACGCGACUUUUACGAUUCACUCGCAAACAUGCCCCAUCUUGAAUCCCUGAUCAUACGCUUUGCCUUACCAUCCGUCAUUGCUGAUACAAUUGAACCGCAAAGGAGAGGAUCUAUCGCGCUUCCUCAUCUUCGGGUGCUAAACCUGGCAGGCCCGUGGUUGGAUGUCGUCGCCAUUCUAGAAGUUAUCCUAUUUCCAGCAUUAGCAGUGCUCCAUCUUGCAUAUCUUGCUGAAGGAAAUGACGGUGAUCCUUCCAGCGUGAUCUUUCCCUCCCUUCUGAGAUAUGAUGACAUGCCUCCGGGCAUCGAUCCAAAUGCGCGCCUCUUAAUUGCUAUCAGACCCAGGGGAUGGUGCUGGAUAUACUCUCGAUACCCGGCUGCAAGCCCUCAUUCGACUUCGCAUGUACUCCAUUAA